GUUAAGAUAACAUUACCGUUAAGCUUUACCUCUGUUAAGUACCCUAACGCAGCGUAAUUUAAUCAGCCGUUAACUUCAUGUUGCUCAACAAGUUUUAACGCUAGCGUUAAUUAACGCAGCGUUAAGACUUUAACAUCCAUGUUAAAUCCCACAAUCCAUUCCAAAUUUCCACUUCCUGUUCCUGUUAUCCAAUUCCAAAAUGGCAUCCCAAGCAGACGCAUCUUCAGUGACUUCACCUGAAAUUAAAAGAAAGAAAAGGAGCAUUAACUUUAGCAAUACAGAAAUAUUGAAAUUGGAAGAGCUGGUUAAAGAUGAGAAAACAUUUUCAAUAUUAACUAAUAAAUUUUCAAACACUGUAAAUAAUAAAAUGAAAAAAGAUAUGUGGACGAAAAUUGCUGAAGUAAUUUCUGCACAAGGAAUUGCAGUUAGAACUGCGGAUGAAUGUAGUAAUAAAUGGCAGAACUUGAAAAGAGAGAGCAAGGCAGCAGUUACCAGUGAAAAGUUAGAACGGCGUAAAACGGGCGGAGGGACCCUGACACUGACAGCUGUCGCCGAUGAAAAAAAAGUUCGGAUCGCCGAAAUGUAUAAAGAUUCGGCAUCCUUCAAUGGGAUUAUUGGAGGAUUGGACAGCGAUGAAGCUGAUGGUCGUCACUUUCUGUCCAACACCACAGUUGCGCCCGCUGUGGGAACAGUUGAACAAAUGGAGCAGUCAAGUGAGUGUUGUAAUAAAGGUCCAGCAAAGAAACAAAAGAAGUUUGCAACAAAGUCUGAAGAACUUCAGUACUGGCAGGUACAAUAUUUCAAAGGGGAGGUGGAAAAGCAGGAACAGGAGAAACAACUACUUGAUAUAAGGAUUCGUAUGCUGCUGAAAGAGGAAAUGAGACGUGACCAGAACGUUGUUGAUGAGAUCAUCAAUGGAAAAUUUUUCGAGGACUAAAUAUAAUGGUUAUAUUGACUUAGUUGCCUCAGUGCUUUAUUGAAUAUAAAAUGAUUAACAUUAAUUAUUUUAAAUGAAUAUAAUAAAAGUGUUUUUAGCAAUAA